CUCUCUCUCUCUCUCUGGAGCGGAUCUGACAGGCGCGCGCUCCGCUGGCCGCUCCGUGCCACCGCUGCAGCUGCAGGGGACCGAAUGGAGACAAGCGCCCGAGCCCAGCCACCGCUUCGUCUUUACGCAGAGCCGACGGCGACGCACGGCCGCAAGACCAUGUAGUGUUCGUCCGCGCGGCGACAGAGACACAGCGAUUCUAUUUCUUGUUUUGGUAUUUUUUAUCGGCGGAGCUUCCAAGUUCACCUUUCUCGAAUUUCGCGUUGUCCCCCCCCCCCCAAAACCCCCGUCCACGGUCGAUUGACGCGUGGAGAAAGUGGAAUCGAUUCGCGCACCGCCCGCUCAUCGACAGGAGCCCUGAAUGGAAGACGGCUAGAGGGGUCGCCACGCCGAGGAACAGGCUGUGACAUUUUCCCCUUCUUCUUCUUCUUCUUCUUCCCUUUUCUCCUCCAGUGUCCUUGUGCGUUUUUGUCGUCAUCCGAAAAAACUAAACAACAAGACAAAUCUGUGGCAGCGUCGACGGCCGCAGACGACGCCGCCGUCUGUGCCAUGGCUGUUGGCGUGAAGGAGCCAGAAACCCCCUCAGAAUGAGACGCGCAACAACACUCGUCGUUAUUGCGGAUUUAAAUGCCUCCAACCGUGGGACCUGCUGAUCUGCUCCGGUCCGCGUGUGCGCUGCCUCCUCCUGAUAAUAAUAAUAAUAAUCAUAAUAAACAAUUCACAGGUUGCUGAGACACACACGGACUCCAUCGGGUGGGUGAACACAAUCUACAGCGAGGACAGGGAGAGUGGGGCUUUUUUUUAGUUUUUUUUUUUACCCAAGCAAUAUGGCUGGUGAGUGGGGCUGGGGACGCUGGCACAGGCUCUCCUCCUCCAAGGCUCCUAAAUGCUAGCGGAGGCAGAUGGCCCCGUCCCCCAUGGAAGCGACAGCUCUAUGAGGACAAGCAAUAUCAAUAGUAAUAUUCUGAACCGGGACUCCUCGAUCCUAAUCUCCAAGAUGGUAGACGUUGUCAUCCCGUUCUCGUCCGAGGUGCCCUGCGACAAUAAUGGCCAGCGCAUGUGGUGGGCAUUCCUCGCGUCCUCCAUGGUGACGUUCUUCGGGGGGCUCUUCAUCAUCCUGCUGUGGAGGACCCUCAAGUACAUGUGGACUGUUUGCUGCCACUGCAACGUCAAACACAAGGAGGCUCAGAAGGUGAUCAACCAUCAGGCAGCAGACAAGGGUCUAAAGGGCACUGAUGAGAAGGAGGAGGUACCUAUCAGCGAGGUGGGAUGGAUGACUUCGGUCAAAGACUGGGCCGGCGUCAUGAUCUCGGCUCAGACGCUCACUGGCAGAGUCCUGGUGGUGUUAGUCUUUGCACUCAGCAUUGGGGCCCUUGGAAUAUACUUUAUAGACUCUUCAGAUCCUAUAGAAUCCUGCCAGAACUUCUACAAAGACUUCACGUUGCAGAUCGAUAUGGCCUUUAAUGUCUUCUUCCUCCUUUACUUUGGCCUGCGGUUCAUAGCAGCCAACGAUAAGCUGUGGUUCUGGCUGGAGGUCAACUCCGUGGUCGACUUCUUCACUGUUCCUCCUGUGUUUGUCUCCGUCUACUUAAACAGAAGCUGGCUCGGUUUACGAUUCUUGAGGGCACUGAGAUUGAUACAGUUCUCGGAAAUCUUACAGUUUCUGAAUAUCUUGAAAACAAGCAAUUCCAUCAAGCUGGUUAACCUGUGCUCCAUCUUCAUCAGCACAUGGCUCACAGCUGCAGGAUUCAUACAUUUGGUGGAAAACUCAGGGGAUCCUUGGGAAAACUUCAGAAAUUCCCAGUCACUUUCCUACUGGGAAUGUGUCUACUUGCUGAUGGUGACCAUGUCGACGGUGGGCUACGGGGACGUCUAUGCAAAAACCACCUUGGGGCGCCUGUUCAUGGUCUUCUUCAUCCUUGGUGGUUUGGCCAUGUUUGCCAGCUACGUCCCUGAAAUCAUAGAGUUAAUAGGAAACCGCAAGAAAUAUGGUGGUUCCUAUAGUGCGGUUAAUGGGAGAAAGCACAUUGUGGUCUGUGGUCAUAUUACCCUCGAAAGUGUCUCCAACUUCCUCAAAGACUUCCUACACAAGGACAGGGAUGAUGUUAAUGUUGAAAUAGUUUUUCUCCAUAAUAUUUCCCCUAAUCUUGAGCUGGAAGCCUUGUUCAAACGCCAUUUUACCCAAGUCGAGUUCUACCAGGGAUCUGUUCUCAACCCUCACGAUUUGGCCCGUGUGAAGAUCGAGUCAGCAGAUGCCUGUUUGAUCCUGGCCAAUAAAUACUGCGCAGAUCCUGAUGCAGAGGACGCCUCAAACAUCAUGAGGGUCAUUUCAAUCAAGAACUACCAUCCCAAGAUCAGAAUAAUCACGCAGAUGCUCCAGUAUCACAACAAGGCCCAUCUGCUGAACAUUCCGAGCUGGAACUGGAAGGAGGGUGACGAUGCAAUCUGCCUGGCGGAGCUGAAGGCAGGCUUCAUUGCCCAGAGCUGUCUAGCUCAGGGCCUCUCCACGAUGUUGGCCAACUUGUUCUCCAUGAGGUCCUUCAUUGAGAUUGAGGAGGACACAUGGCAGAAGUAUUACCUUGAAGGAGUGGCUAAUGAGAUGUACACAGAGUAUCUGUCCAGUGCCUUUGUGGGCCUCUCGUUCCCCACUAUCUGUGAGCUGUGUUACGUGAAGCUGAAGCUGUUACUCAUUGCCAUCGAAUACAAGUCCGAGCAAAGAGAAAGCAGCAUCCUCAUCAACCCGGGGAACCACGUCAAGAUGCAGGAGGGAACACUUGGGUUCUUUAUCGCCAGUGACGCCAAAGAAGUGAAGAGAGCUUUCUUCUACUGCAAAGCUUGUCACGAUGACAUCACAGACCCUAAGCGGAUCAAGAAGUGUGGCUGCAAACGACCCAAGAUGUCCGUCUACAAACGAAUGAAACUGGCAUGUUGUUUUGAUUGCGGCCGUUCAGAGCAAGACUGCUCUUGCAUGUCAGGCAGUGUACAUAGUAACAUGGACACCCUUCAGAGGGCCUACCCACUUUCCUCUGUCUCUGUUCAUGAUUGCGCAACCACUUUACGUGCCUCCAAAUAUAAGUAUAAUGGAUAUGUCAGAUCACCAGCAGAUGGCGCUACAACACCAGGGAACAGUGGAAGUCAAAAAGAGGCUGGCGUUCGAUUCAAAGCCGAUUGCAAUUUAGUAAUGGAUGAAGUUAGACCAUCAUUUCAAAACCGCUCAGUUAAAGCCACCGGCUGCACCCCUGCCUCCAUCACCUCAAAUGAAUUCCUCCCCAACACCCUGCACCCCAACCAGGACCCCCUGGUCAGACCGGGCACAAUCAACAUCCCCCUUGUUAAUAACCGUAAAGGAAGCCUGCUCCCCGCGGGGCCAGGGCCUCACCCCUCCAAACUGCGCUUCAGUAUCUCAGGCCCAGGAGACGUGACGGCCAGAUCCCUGGCUGAGAGUCGGCUGAAUCGGGCCCGCAGUCUGCCGGUGAAAUACCGCUACCAUCCCAGUAAUGCCAUGCUGCUCAGUCACAGUAGGCACUUUGAAGACGAGCAUCCGUCGACGCUCUCGCCCAAAAAAAAGCAGCGCAACGGAGGGAUGCGAAACUCGCCCAACUGCUCGCCCAAGAUGAUGAGUCGACACGACCCCCUUCUGAUUCCUGGAAAUGAACAAAUCGAGAACAUGGACAUGAACGUGAAGAGGUAUGAUUCGACAGGGAUGUUUCACUGGUGCCCGUCUAAGGAGAUCGAAAAAGUUAUCCUGACCCGGAGUGAAGCCUCCAUGACGGUGCUGAGCGGCCAUGUAGUGGUCUGUAUAUUUGGGGAUGUCACGUCCGCUUUGGUGGGGCUGCGAAACUUGGUGAUGCCUUUAAGAGCCAGCAACUUCCAUUACCACGAGCUGAAGCCCAUAGUGUUUGUGGGCUCGCUGGAUUACCUGCGCAGAGAGUGGGAAACUUUACACAACUUCCCCAAGGUCUCCAUCUUACCUGGUACACCAUUAAGUCGGGCGGAUUUAAGGGCUGUCAACAUCAACCUCUGCGACAUGUGUGUAAUCCUGUCAGCCAAUCAGAACAAUAUCGAAGACGCCUCACUGCAGGAUAAGGAAUGCAUCUUGGCAUCGCUCAACAUCAAAUCUAUGCAGUUUGAUGACAGCAUCGGGGUCUUACAGGCUAAUUCCCAAGGUUUCACGCCUCCUGGAAUGGACCGGUCAUCUCCAGACAGCAGUCCAGUACAUGGCUUCGUGCGUCAGGCUUCCGUCACCACCGGAUCCAACAUCCCCAUCAUCACAGAACUAGUGAACGACUCAAACGUUCAGUUCCUGGACCAAGAUGAUGAUGAUGACCCAGACACAGAGCUGUACCUCACUCAGCCCUUCGCCUGCGGCACAGCCUUCGCUGUCAGUGUGCUCGACUCCCUGAUGAGCGCUACAUAUUUCAAUGACAACAUUCUCACACUUAUCCGGACGCUGGUCACAGGGGGAGCCACACCAGAGCUGGAGGCUCUCUUGGCUGAGGAGAAUGCUCUUAGAGGCGGCUACAGUACGCCGCAGACGCUGGCCAACAGAGACAGGUGUCGCGUCGCCCAACUAGCCCUGUACGACGGGCCGUUCGCUGACUUGGGGGAUGGUGGUUGCUACGGAGACUUAUUCUGUAAAGCACUGAAGACCUACAACAUGCUGUGUUUCGGAAUCUACAGAUUAAGAGAUGCACAUAUCAGUACACCAAGCCAGUGUACAAAACGAUAUGUGAUCACAAACCCACCAUACGAGUUUGAGCUGGUGCCCACAGACCUGAUCUUCUGCCUCAUGCAGUUCGACCACAAUGCGGGCCAGUCGCGGACAAGCCUCUCCCACUCUUCCCACUCUUCCCAUUCCUCCAGCAAAAAGAGCUCCUCCGUCCACUCCAUCCCAGCGUCCAACCGGCAGAACCGCAGCAGUAAGACCCGGGAGACCCGCGACAAACAGAAUGCAACAAGGAUGAAUAGAAUGGGCCAAGAAAAGAAAUGGUUUACAGAUGAACCAGAAAAUGCCUACCCACGGAACAUUCAGAUCAAGCCCAUGAGCACUCACAUGGCCAACCAAGUCAACCAAUACAAAUCCACCAGUAGUCUGAUUCCACCAAUCAGAGAGGUCGAAGAUGAAUGCUGAACACCAGGUUUCCCUGCUGACUCACCAGACAUCUGUACACUCUUUCCAGAGAGAUGGGACGAGAUCACCAGAGGGGGAGGGAUGAUGAUGAUGAUGAUGAUGAGGAGGAGGAGGAGGAGGAGGAGGAGGAGGAGGAGGAGGAGGAGGAUGAUGAUGAUGAUGAAGACCGACACAUUUCUCUUCACUCAUUCUUCUAAUCAAGGGUUCGGCAGGAACCCCAAACUGGAUGGGACCUCCUAUGUGUAUACCUUUAAUGUUACUUCCAUGCUCUUGGACAUUUGUUUUAUUUAUUAAUGUAUCCAUAGAGAUGUACAUAAUGACAAUCAAAUAAGGAUUGUACAGCCCCUCCCCCCUAGCACUUUUUGGAAUUAUUUUAAGAGUUGACGAAGAAAAAAAAAGAAAAGUACUUCCUGUAAUUCUUUGCAAUAGUUCACCUCUUCCUGUGACCAGACUCCCCGGCUGAGGCGCCUGGUUACUGGAGGAUGAGGGUUGCCGCGAUAAACUGAUCAUAUCAUCUCCCAAAGAUUCGCCCAGAUGUCCAACCAGCUGGGGUCAUCCGCUUCAUACGUCCGGUCUGCUUCUGUUCUAUUUGCACUAAAACUGGGAAGAAAAAAAAAAAAAGUUUCUUUUGACAGAACUGGAACCAUCCAACCCCCAAAAGAAAAUGACUCAGAGGAAAGGAAGGAAGGAAGGGUUGCUUGGCUUCAGAGUUAUACUAACCUCGCUCUUAGGUCGUUAACACACCAUGCCAUUGCUUGAGGUUUGCUUCUUCACUCGUGAGAGCGUUCCAGUCCUGCAGACAACGUCAUCACGCAAAGCAGUUUAGUCUACACACUCGGUGCAGAGCGGUGCAGUGUGGGUGUGUGCUGGCUGAAAGAGAAACUCUGGUACCCACAUGUCUUCUGCUGAUACGUCAGAUCAUAAAGCCUGUGACUGUGUCGAGCUCCUAUCGCAUGAUACGUGCCUGAGCCCCCUUUGUAACAGAUGCAGUGCAGUCGAUCAACCUGAGUACAUGAAGACGACGUGAAACUCCCGGUCCACCAUGGGUUCAGGAGCAUUUAUGUACACGCUGUGUGUGUGUGCGUGUGUGUGUUUGUGUGCGUGUGUGUGUGUGUGCUUGCAUCGCAGCCACUCAUCCUUCUAGUGUUGUACUGAUCAGUGCCGUCGCCCCCCUCCCAUAGACUUUUACGUGAUGGUGCACCUUUGAAGGAACAGCAUGAGGGGUUUUAGCCAUGGUAGAAGAAUCUAGACGGUUUGGAUCCACUAACAAAAACAUCAUGUCACGUCAAAACAAAAUCCCCAACUAUGUUUGAGCUGAGCCGACACGAACAGCAGCCGCGUGCCCACCGUUAACGGUUCGCCGCGAUACCUGCAGCAGAAUUGGGGUCACACAGAAAGAGUGGUGUCCCUUCUGAAUGUUUUUUUUGUCUGUUACGAAAAAAAAAGAAGCUCAUAUCUGAGGAAAAAAAUGCCACAUAUUGCAUAAAAGUGGGCAUCAGUGGGUCCUCCUUUGAUCGGAGCAACUGCCUGGCACGGGGUUGGCACAGAGGCAGUAAAGAGCUUGGAUGUUCUCUGUCGCCAAUCCAGAUGUCACACGCCUCAAAACUCUCAGGAGUUACAAUCUGCAGUGUUCGGCCCUCCAACUUGGGGGAAAUGCUCAAACGUAGUUGGGUCUUUGAAAUGCAACAAUGCCACAGACCGCUAACAAGGACACUGGAGAGACGCCUGUGUCCUUUACUCCAGCCUUUGUGCGAUGAGAGUUUCUUUUUCACAUGUUUAGUCGCUGACGGAUCCAAAACCAGCUGUGAUAGCGAUGGGGGGAUGGAGGUGGGAGAACUUGUGCUCAGAAUACACAAACUUUAUACAAACAUGUAGUUGAAUUUAUACAUUAAAACAUAAUUAUUUUGUAAUCCACAAACAUACUCAAUUUGUACUUAUUUUUCUAGACGAGGAGCAAGUGAGAAGUACUUUACUGUAGAUGAUGGAAAAAAAGACAUAAUUAUCUUUAAUCACAACGACAUAUCACAGGAUUUUCUUUGACUAUAUCACCGUUUCUUUCACAUCGUACUGAAUCAAAGGAUUAUUUUUUUAACGCCCUGCCCCUCUUUAACAAACUAUCACUCCAGAGCAAAUAAAGCUUGAGACUAGAUUGCGGUGUGAAACCACCAUCUUCAGCCUGGCAGCUCGGCUCUUGUUGAGUGCUUGUAGAAACACAUUGAAGCUCUUCUGAAGCUGCUCUCGGUUGCACAGAUGAGCCGUGUCCACUAGAUAAUCUGUCCGCUGCUGAGCUUUCUCUUGCUGUGAACAUGCAGAGGAAAUAGAGAGGUGUACAGGAAUUAUGUAUCGGGGGGUAGAUGUAUUUAGAUGGAGAGCGGAUCAGAGAAGCUAAUGAUAAUGAAAAGAGUCGCUCCCUCUGUGUGGACGCCAGAACUGAACGACCUUCAUUAGAUGUGUUUGACCUAAAUUAGGUCCCUAGUGGGGAGGAAGACUGCGAACACUGCAGUACAUUGAAAAGUAUUUAAAAUAUGACAGGAGCUGUAGUGAUGCUCCUGUCCAGGCUGUAAAGAUAAAGUAAUUAUAAAAAAAAAGAGAGAAAAUAAACCAUUUUGGAAGAUGGAAUAAUAACAUUAUAUUGUGCUAAAUAUGUUAAUGUGUAAAUUCAACCCGUUAUAUAGACCACUUUUCUUUCUCCGACAGAACGAUCUGAGCUUCAAUGUCCGUCUAUUGGCUGUGGUGCAACUAUAAUGAAGCCUCAUGCACAUUGUCCUGAAGUGAACUUUUGAACUGUGAUCACCUCGUCGUCACACCGUAGCAAAUAGUUUUCUUUUCAGAAAAAUACGUGAGUUAAAUGUGUGUAUAAUUGGGUUGUUAAUGGCAUAACUCGCUAUAACCCGAACAAUAAGGAACUAUUCAUAUUUGAUAACGGCAAUGAUUCAUCACACAUAGAAUCGACAAACUGAUUGUCAUGUUGCAAAAGAAACGUGUGUCUUGAAAGGGAGGGAUAUACGGGGGGGGGGGAGACACACGGAAAAAGUCAGGCGGUAAAUUUGAUCCGGUUUGUCCGCCAUCACAGAGAUGGAAGGUAGCACCAAUUCAGCAAAGCUUAUCAACAGAGAGAACAUCCUUAAUUUUCCUGUUUUUAUUACUUUGUGUUAUGACGUGGUUCACAUUCCAUUUUGUCAGCUUUGUCAUUAUUUGUCACAAUCUGUCACGACUGCUUCUCAUUUGUUUACAGAGUAUGUUUUAUUUUGAGGUACUUAAACACAGCAUCGUUCAGACAUAACACAGUACAUGCUGCAAACCGGCAAACUCACAAAGUAAUGCACCGCUGUUUCCACCACACUUGAUUACUGUGCUCUUCUUUUUUCUACCUGAACCCUGGUUUGUGCGACUCAUUGGGGCCGGCAUCGCUCACACUGUUCCUGCAUCUCGUCAUAUGUCUGCGUUCGAUGUUUCAGGUCUCUGCAUUGUAUACCUCUAAAGUUUUUAGAGUGUUCUAUUUUUUUUUUUGAAGUGCCAUGAAGAGUUUAGUAGAGCACGCAUCCUUCAGUCAUUCAGGGGCACAGGCUCGCUCUGCGGGAGCCGAGUCCGCUCGUUGUUCCACUGUGAGAACAUUUAUCUUGUGCUGACAUGGAGAACAUCCAAGCCAUCAAUGCCUCCAUGCCAGUACAGUGCCAGGCAGUGCAGUUAAGUCAAGAGGAGGACCCAUAAUAAGUCCCACUAUAACGAAAAGUGGCAUCCGGGAGUUGAUGGGGGACCUGUUACCUAGUCAUCAAGCCACACGCUUCUCCGCCGUGUGCUUGGUUACAGGUCAUCAGGCCUUUCUAAUACAGAACGGUUAGUUAUGGAUGACUGAAAGAUGCACAUAGAGACCCACGCCUGUAACAUCACAUGUGUUGUUGUCCGCUGAACAAAUCAAAGACUAUAAUGCGUUUUGUUACAGUAUGUUGCAUUAUUUUUGUUAAUCUAUUUUUUGCUGUUAAAGAUGGAUAUAAUAACUUAUUUGCUGGGAAUUGUACUAGAUAUAAUAGAAUAUAUAAUAUUUAUGGGGAUGGGAGGUGGGUCUCAAGUCUUAAUAAUACAUUAAAAUUGCAUUCAGCAAUUUCUUUUUCUUUUUUUUUUAAGGAAAGUUGCAAUUUUUUUGUUAAUUUCUUUGCUGCCUAUCAGUUCAGGAAGAAUUCAGGACAUUGCUCUUGCGUAUCACAGAUAGGAUUUGUUGGCACAUUGUCAUUGCAGCAAACAGGAUUUUGACAUAGCAAUCUACUUAGUUUGGACGUGUUCUAGAUGCGAUGGAAAAACUGGAUUAUUUGAUGGUGCUGAGUUGAUCUACCUGACUCUGUCAAAUAUAAUCUGCUGAUAAAUAUACUGUCUUGUACAAAAAGUUUGUACAUAGAUUGUACAUGGUUUCUUUUUGUAUUUUCUCAAAUUAAAAUGGAUGUAUUUGUGUUCUAAAACGGAAAA